AUGCUUUGGUCAGGCCGUAUAAACCCACUAUGCUUUCAAGUGAGGUAUACACUUCGAACGUAUAUUUCUAAACCGAAAGUUACCAAACUAUCGCUUACUUUGGAUAACAAAGAAUCGAAUUACCCAACAGAAGAAAAUGCUAUAGAUACCAGUUCUCCUCCAAUUGCUUUCAAAAGAUCUAAGUCAUCAAAUUUAAGUGAGCAAUCCACAGACUUACGCAAAAAGUCACAAACACAAUUGCCGCCAUCUUUACAGUAUGCUAGAGACUUGAUGGAUCGUUACAAAUCUCAUGUGGUUUUGACACAAAUGGGUUCUUUCUAUGAAUUGUACUUUGAGCAUGCUACCAUGUAUGCUCCCCAACUGAACAUUUCUUUGACCAGCAAAAAUUACACUUUUGGUAAAGUUCCAUUCGCUGGAUUUCCUGUACCUCAAUUAAAUCGACAUUUGAAAGUACUAGUGAAUAACUACGGCUAUAGUGUUACUAUUGCAGAUCAGUUCAAAAGAGAUACUCCUGCAGAUAACGACGUCAACAAAUUCUAUAGGCGUGUAACCAGAAUUGUUACUCCAGGAACUUUCAUUGAUGAAGCGUUUGAAAAUCUCCAAGAGAAUACACAUUUAUUGAAUAUUGAAUUCCCAGAAAAUUGCAUGAAGAACCUUGCUGAUCCUGAUAUGAAAAUUGGUCUUUGUUGGUGUGAUGUAUCCACAGGUGAAAUUUCAGUACAACAGAUUCUUUUGAAAGAUUUGGCCUCUGCGAUAACUAGAAUUCAACCAAGAGAGAUUUUAUUAGAUGAAGAACUAGCACAAUUCAACUUAGAGUCGGGAUAUUGGUAUUCAGAAUUAGUGGAAUUAAAGAAAUAUUUCAUGAAAUACCAAAAGUUGCCUCAGAGGCACCGUACUAUGGACACAUUCUACGGUCUCUUCACGGCGGGGAAUAGUAAAGAGGGAAUCAAUCAGUUGAAAAUCACUUUUCAACAGUUCACUCAGAAGGAGAUUGCCGCACUCAGGAAUAUACUCAUAUAUGUGAGUGAACAUUUACCAGAUUUCCACAUGAACUUUCAGGUCCCUCAGAGGAAAAUUACGGCUUCUAUCAUGCAAAUCGAUUCAAGAACCAGCGCAGCUCUUGAAUUACACACUUCCGUGAGAGAUAACAGGAAAAGGGGAACUUUGUUGUCUACUGUUAGAAGAACUGUAACACCAGUUGGUGCAAGACUUUUAGUCCAGUGGUUAUCUGGACCUUCCAUGGACUUGAAAGAAAUUAAAAACAGACAAAGGAUCGUCAAAUUCUUUAAAGCUAGCAAUGAUUGUACUGAUACACUGAUAUUUUUAUUGAAAAAGACUCAUGAUUUAGCAAGGAUACUGCAAAAAUUCAGUUUUGGUAGAGGGGAAGCUUUAGAAAUUAUUCAGUUGGCGCGAUCGAUACAAGUGGCUCUAGAUAUAGGAUACCAUUUGCAAAAGGAAUCCCAAAACUCUGAUUCCUCAUCGAAAAGAAUAAUUGAGACACUUGUGCUUCAAUUAAAAUUUGAUAGACAAAUCAUUUCUGAUGUGCUUACUGGACUAAAUGAAGAAGAGCUUGUGAAAUCUGAAAACUUAACACAAGAUGGAGAAGCCGCCGAAGAAUCCGCCGAAUUGGAAGAGACUGGGGCAACCGAGUUGCAGCAAGAGGGAAACUUAAAGGAAAGCUGGGUCGUAAAUGUAGACUAUAGUCAAAGAUUAAAGGAUCUUCAUAAGAGAUACGCUGAACUUCGCGAUCAAAAAUGUUCUCUACAGAGGACAUACCAAAGUUAUUUUAUUGAUGAGUGGGGUUGUAAAAGUGUGUUAUUGAGAAGAAAACAAAAUGGUGAUUAUGCUCUACGAGUAACUGGCGGUAUUAACCAUUUAAAAAGAGUGGUUGAACUUGCUAAGCAAAAUUCGUUCCAUGUCUUACAAAAAUCAUCACAGACAGUUUGGUUUACACAUGAAAGUUGGACAAAAUUAGGUACUGAGUUAGAAAUGGCAGUUUUCAAGAUUAGGAAAGAAGAGAUAAACAUAAUGAACGAAUUCAAGAAAAGAUUUAUUGAAAAGAGUAAUGAAGUUCGUGCAAUUUCUGAUAUUUUGGGGUAUUUGGAUAUCUUAUCCUCAUUUGCUGUAUUAGCCCGUGAAAGAAACUUGGUGUGUCCUAUAGUUGAUCAAAGUGACCGCCUAGAAAUUGUCGGCGGACGCCAUUUAGUGGUUGAAGAUGCUAUAUCGAAUAGGUCCUUGGAAAAGUUUACUGAAAAUGACUGUCAAUUAAAUGCUGGUGAAUUGUGGGUUGUCUCAGGUCCUAAUAUGGGUGGUAAAUCUACCUUUUUAAGGCAGAAUGCAGUGAUAGUUCUAUUGGCUCAAAUGGGGUGCUUUGUUCCAUGUAAAAGUGCAAGGAUUGGCCUAGUGGAUAAGAUAUUUAGUAGAGUUGGAUCCGCGGAUGACCUUUACAAUGAGAUGAGUACAUUUAUGGUAGAAAUGGUAGAGACGUCAUUUAUCCUUAAGGGCGCAACGAACAGAUCUUUGGCUAUAUUGGAUGAAAUUGGCCGUGGAACUAGCGGUAAAGAGGGAAUAAGUAUUGCAUAUGCAACGUUGAGACAUCUCAUCAAGAAUAAUGUCUGUCGAUCGUUGUUUGCUACACAUUUUGGUCAAGAAUUGAACGAUAUUCUUCAACGAAGAAGCGAAGGUGACCUUACAGAAAAGAUUCAAUUUUACAAGAGUGGGGUUGUGGAAACUUUAGAGGGCGAUUUUUACUACGAUCAUAAGUUGAAACCUGGGAUUUGUGAAACUUCAGAUGCCCUUAGAGUGGCCGAAACGGCUGGUUUCCCUGGGGAUGCGCUGGAAAUCGCCAAAGAAGUGCUUUCAUGA